AGUGCAUAGGGACAGGAGAGAAAGCCAGAUAGAUAGAAGAGAAUUGAAAAUUUGAAAGGCUUAAGCGUGUGACAGUUGACACCAAUCUCAAUUUUGAAUCCCAAUCUGAAUCUGAGAUAAAUGGGGAUACUCUAUGCCUUGGUGGCACGUGGAUCGGUGGUGCUGGCGGAGUUCUCCACCACCUCCACAAACGCCAGCGCCAUCGCCAAACAGAUUCUCGACAAGAUCCCAGGCACCAACGACACCCACGUCUCUUACUCUCAGGAUCGAUACAUCUUCCAUCUCAAGCGCACCGAUGGCCUCACCGUUCUCUGUAUGGCCGACGACACCGCCGGAAGGAGACUUCCUUUUGCAUUUCUUGAGGAAAUUCAUCAGAGGUUUGUGAGGACUUAUGGACGUGCAGUUCAUUCAGCUCAGGCUUAUGGGAUGAAUGAUGAGUUCUCAAGGGUUUUGAGCCAGCAAAUGGAAUAUUACUCUAAUGAUCCUAAUGCCGAUAGGAUCAAUAGACUCAAAGGUGAAAUGAGUCAGGUAAGAAAUGUCAUGAUAGAAAAUAUUGACAAGGUUUUGGAUAGAGGUGAUCGACUGGAAUUGCUGGUGGAUAAAACUGCUAACAUGCAAGGAAACACCUUUCGCUUCAGGAAGCAAGCUCGUCGAUUCAGAAGCACAGUCUGGUGGAGAAAUGUUAAGCUUACGGUUGCACUCAUAGUAAUCCUACUUGUGAUAGUAUAUAUUGUGUUGGCUUUUGUUUGCCACGGACCUGCGCUGCCAUCUUGCAUAUAAGGGAAGGUUCCGAUCGACAAGUGAAUUUUGAGUGUGCUGCUUCCUUGGCGUCUUCAGCUUGCAUAUGUCAGUUUUCUUCUCAGCUUCCUUUGUUUAUAGAGAUUUCCCAUUUGUUCAACUUUGGUUGAAGAUUCUCUACUUGUGUGCUGGUGAAUUCUUUGUGAUAGAUUGGAAGUUGGUGUAAAUCAUAUCAUUUUCAGCUUCAUACUGCCAUGGAUGUGACAGAUGCUUGCUUAAAAGUAUUUACAGUCAUUAGUUCUUAUUUAUAAUGUUUAAAAAGUUAUAUGAAAAUUCAAAAUUGUGAGGCCAUGUUAAGGUUAUGGCAAUGAUACCAGAUGUGAUCGUUAAAUUGUAUGAAGAAAAAGACUAUGCAUUUGACAA